ACAUCAUCUCCUCACCUCUUUCUCUCUUCAUCGCAAGCCGUUUCAGAGCGUUGUCGCAGCCGCAGCCGCAGCAGAGUCGCAAUGGCACCAAAAGCGAGAGUUCCCCGAAAGACCCGAAACCCAGAUCUGGUCCGUGGAGUGGGUAAGUACUCCAGGUCCAAGAUGUACCACAAGCGCGGUCUCUGGGCCAUCAAGGCCAAAAAUGGCGGUGCCUUCCCACGUCACGACGCCAAGCCGGCGGCUGAGGCUCCGUCGGUGAAGCCUCCCAAGUUCUACCCUGCUGAGGACGUCAAGAAGCCCCUGGUCAACAAGCACAAGCCCAAGCCCACCAAGCUCAGGGCGAGUAUUACACCCGGGACUGUGUUGAUUAUACUGGCUGGAAGGUUUAAGGGGAAGAGAGUUGUUUUCCUUAAGCAGCUUUCAUCUGGGUUGCUUCUUGUUACUGGGCCAUUCAAGAUUAAUGGUGUUCCUUUGAGACGUGUGAAUCAGUCCUACGUGAUUGGCACUUCCACCAAGGUCGAUAUUUCUGGGGUUAAUGUGGAAAAAUUUGAUGACAAGUAUUUCGGAAAGGCCGUGGAAAAGAAGAAGAAGAAGGGGGAGGGAGAGUUUUUUGAGGCAGAGAAAGAGGACAAGAAAGUGUUCCCACAAGAGAGGAAAGAUGAUCAGAAGAGUGUGGAUGCUUCGUUGAUAAAGUCCAUUGAGGCUGUCCCAGACUUGAAGACAUACUUAGCUGCAAGAUUCUCUCUUAGGUCUGGCAUGAAGCCUCAUGAGCUUGUCUUUUAGACAGUCAGCUCUUUUCUUACUUAGGAUACUUGUUCCCGUUCUUGUUUGUUUCUUUACUAUGAUUGUAUGUUCUGUUCACAUUGAGAUCCGAGAUUUUGUACUGAUCGGCAUUGCCUUGCAAGGGAUGUUAUGAUUUUCAUUUUGAUUUUCUGGUCA